AUAAAACAAAGAAAGAGAAAAACUAGAGCCUUCCUUAAGAUAUGGUUGCCGUCGAGAAAACCUCCAAGCCAUACCCUACAACCGCAGAGGUAGUGGAUGAGGUAAAGAGAAUGGCAGACAUAGGUUUCCCAAUAGCAGCCAUGAGCCUAGUGGGAUACCUCAAGAACAUGAUCAUGGUUGUAUGCAUGGGAAGGCUCGGGAGCCUUGAGUUAGCCGGUGGUGCUUUAGCCAUCGGCUUCACAAACAUCACCGGUUACUCCGUGCUCUCAGGCCUAGCCAUGGGCAUGGAGCCGCUUUGCACCCAAGCCUUCGGUUCUAGAAACUUCUCCUUAGUCUCCAUCACAAUGAAACGAACCAUCCUAAUGCUACUCCUAGCAUCCCUACCCAUUUCAAUCUUGUGGCUAAAGCUUGAACCUUUGAUGCUUUGCCUCCAUCAAGAUUCUGAAAUAACACGAAUUGCAAGCGUCUAUUGCUUCUAUUCUAUCCCUGACCUCAUUGCUAAUAGCUUCCUUCACCCUAUACGUAUUUUUCUACGUAGCAAAGGUACAACUUGGCCUCUAAUGUGGUCCACUUUCUUCUCCAUUCUCAUACAUGUUCCAGUACUCGCUUUCUUCACCUUCAAACUCAACCUUGGUGUUCCCGGGAUCGCAGUUUCGGCUUUUGUCGCAAAUUUCAACACACUUUUGUUUCUUCUAUCAUACAUGGUAUACACAAAUAUCUCAAACAACAAUAAAGAUUCGUCGUCGUUGUCGCUUUUUUGUCCCUUGUCACAAUCUCAAAAGGUUGUCCAUGGUGAUGCUAUCUUCAAUAAUUCUUGUCCAACAACUUUGAGUCGCAAAGAAUGGGGGAUGUUGAUAAGAUUUUCGAUACAAAGUUGUCUUGGUGUGUGUUUGGAAUGGUGGUGGUACGAGCUAAUGACCAUUCUAGCGGGUUAUCUUUAUAACCCACGUGUGGCUCUGGCAACCGCCGGCAUAGUGAUACAGACAACUUCGUUGAUGUACACUCUGCCGAUGGCGCUGAGCGCGUCCGUUUCCACUCGGGUUGGAAACGAAUUGGGCGCGGGUCAACCCGAAAGGGCGAGCUUGUCCACCAUGGUGGCCAUAGGAAUGGCACUAGCAAGCUCAGUGUUGGGAUUAUUAUGGACCACUCUAGGGAGAGAGGAAUGGGGUAGGGUUUUCACAAGUGAUAGUGAAGUGUUGGAACUUACAAUUACGGUUUUGCCCAUAAUUGGAUUAUGUGAGAUUGCAAAUUGUCCACAAACAACAAGCGUUGGAAUCCUUAGAGGGAGUGCUAGGCCUGGGGUUGGAGCUGGAAUCAACUUCUAUUCUUUCUACUUGGUUGGGGCACCCGUGGCAAUUGUUUUGGGGUUUAUUUGGGAAUUAGGGUUUGUGGGAAUGUGUUAUGGAUUGCUAUCGGCUCAGGUGGCUUGUGUUGUUUCCAUCCUUCUUGUUGUGUAUAACACCGAUUGGGAAAUGGAGGCGUUGAAAGCCAAAAGUUUGGUUGGAAUUGGUUAUGGUGGUUCGCUGUCACGUGACACGAAUCAUCAUGGUUGUCGUCGACAACACCAAACAGUCAAAUGUGAAGAAUGUGUUGUCUUUAUCCCUCACGACGGACAACAACAACAACAACCCAAACUCAUUAAUUGAGUUUAAUUUCUAUACACAUUCUAUAAAAUUAUUUUAAACUCCCAUUCAAUACAAGUGAUAUUCCAAAUGAAUGUGAGUUUAAAUUUUUUUUAUAAUUAGUCAUGUGUAUAGUAAUUUAACUCCUUUUAACUGCUGUAAG